GCCCCGGCUCGGCGGCGGCCCCGGCUCGGCGGCCCCGGCUCGGCGUGGGCAGCGCGGGGAGCGGCGCUCGGGGCUCCGCACGCUUUCCCGGGGAGCUUCGUGUUUCUGUCAGUGACAAGAUGACAAUUCAUAUUUUUACCAAAUGAUCCAGUGACUCAUCCUAUUAACUCCGCUGGAAUACACACUUCCAGUCCUCCUGCCACGGUUCCCCAGAUGCUUUACUGCUUCUACUUGUCUCGUACGCGUUUAAAUUACGACUGGAACUCCUUCCGCGUUUGACGUUCCUGCCUCCGGAGCUUAUGCCAGCUGCAGUCCUUAACUCACUGACUUCACAAUGACUGAGGAGGACUUAGACCACAGAUUCAGUUGUCUCACCUGGGAUCAGAUUAAAAUCCUGGAUCAGGUUUUAGCUGAGCCCAUACCUAUUCAUGGGAGAGGAAACUUUCCAACGCUGGAUGUGAAGCCGAAGGAUAUCAUUCAUAUGGUGAAGGACCAGCUCAUUGAGAAGCAGAUCCACGUCAGAGACAUCCGCCUGAACGGCUCCACAGCCAGUCACAUCCUGGUCAAGCAGAACGGAACCAGCUACAAGGACCUAGACAUCAUUUUUGGGGUGGAACUUCCCAGUGAACUGGAGUUCCAGAUUGUUAAGGAAGCAGUCCUUAAUUGCCUUUUGGACUUCCUGCCAAAAUGUGUUAAUAAGCAAAAAAUCACGGCUCAGACCAUGAAAGAUGUGUACGUGCAGAAGAUGGUCAAAGUCUCCACCGACCACGACCGCUGGAGUCUCAUCUCGCUGUCCAACAACAGCGGCAAGAACGUGGAGCUGAAGUUUGUCAGCUCGCUCCGGCGGCAGUUCGAGUUCAGCGUGGACUCCUUCCAGAUCGUCCUGGACUCCAUCCUGGCGGUGUACAGAGCCUCGGACCGCCCGCUGGCAGAGGACUGUCACCCCACCGUCAUCGCCGAGAGCAUGUACGGGGACUUCAACGAGGCCAUGGACCACCUGAAAUACAAACUGAUCUCCACCAGGAACCCCGAGGAGAUCCGAGGAGGUGGCCUCCUGAAGUACAGCAACCUCCUGGUCCGUGACUUUAAGCCGGCAGAUGAGGCUGAAAUUAAAUCCCUGGAACGCUACAUGUGCUCCAGGUUCUUCAUUGAUUUUCCAGAUGUUGCCGAGCAGCAGAGGAAAAUCGAGUCCUAUCUGCGCAACCACUUCAUCGGGGAGGAGAAGAGCAAGUACGACUACCUGAUGACCCUGCGUGGGGUGGUGAACAAGAGCACGGUCUGCCUCAUGGGGCACGAGCGGCGGCAGACUCUGAACAUGAUCACAAUCCUGGCUUUGAAAGUACUGGGAGAGCAGAACAUCAUCCCCAACGCGGCCAACGUGACGUGCUAUUAUCAGCCCGCUCCGUAUAUCAGUGACAGAAACUUCAGCAACUACUACAUUGCUCAUGGACAGCCCCCCGUGUUCUACCAGCCCUACCCAUUCCACAUACAGAUCCAGAGCGGGAUGGUUUAGGAACAACGCCGACCUCCGCAGCACCCACUUACACUCCUCCCUCUUCCCAGUUCUUAAUAAAGGCCUCAUUAAAGCGAGUUUUAUCAGCACUUCUGAGUUAAGGACAUAUUUUUGUGCAAGUUGCCAAAGUUCUUUGGUUGAUCAAUGUCUAAAAUCACCGAUUCAGCACGUCGUGAAACAAGUGAAGCGUCCGUCAUUCGUGUAGUGUUUAUACCUUGGGCUGUAUUUUUUUGCAAUGAAAAGAGAAGGGUAUAAAUUGUUCUAAUUUUAUAAAAUGAAAUGCACUAAGUUCUGGGUUCUAAAAAAAAAAAAAAAAAAAUUCUGAAGCAAAAUUUAAAUAGUGUAAAUGAAAAAUGAAGCCAAUGAAAUACCUCUCAGUAGAAACGCCUGAUGUUAGAAGUGUUAGAUCAUCUCUCCGUUAUAUCCAUGUGGUUCCAGCAACAUUUACUUGCAGCACCUUUGAAAAUACACAUUGAUGGGUUGUCUCUUGGUGGUGUGAGCUCUGCUUCACAGUCUGAUCGUCCCUCAGGUGCAAUCAGAGAGGUCCCUCUCCUCCCCAGAGUACUGGUUAGUGCUGGGGAGCAGGAAACACCCUCACCAAGAGCAGCCUCAGCACUUCCUGUGUCCAAAAUUUCCACUGAUCCGAGUGACAGAUUUGGCUGCUCAAGUCAUGCAGCAUCAGAUCCCGGGAUCUGCCUCCCAGAUAACGAGAGUUGUAAGAGAUACAACUAUUCUGAUUAAAUUGUUCUUGAAAACCAAGGCAACAGAAUGAGAGAGAAGGUGAAAAUUGAGCACACAGGGCUCGCUUUCUGUUGCUAAUUUAUUAUCGAUCUGAGCUGCUUUAAUGCGCAACAGUCAGGAAAAAACCAAAAAGCCCAGGACUGCAUUAUUUUUAGGUGAAUUAAAACAAAUCCUUGGCAGUGGCAUUUGAAAAAAAUAUUUCAUAUUAGCAGCAUCCUGUGUGUGCUGAGAUUCCUGCACACACACACCAGUAGCAAGUGAGGAUUUAA